AUGCGGCGCAAGGAUCUAACAACGGGAGAGAGAAACUCUGUAGUGCAGUUUUUGCUUGAAGAUAGCCAAGGUGGGAAGCCAAAAAGGGGCAGAAUGCAGGCUGCCGCCGUCAAGUUUGCCGUCUGCCGUCGAACGGUAAAUCGUUUAUGGACUGCUGCAAAAAAACAGCAAGCACAAGGUCAGUAUAUUCAUAGUAGCAGUGGCAAAAUCAACAAGUCAAGGCGCAAGAGAGUUGAAAUAGAUCUUCAAUUAAUUUCAACAUUGGAGCUAAGCAAAAGAUCAACCAUUCGAAGGCUAGCAAGUGGAAUAAGUUGCAGCAAGAGCACAGUUGGGCGAUGGAUAAGCAAGGGUUUGAUCAGGGCUCAUACUAGUGCGAUAAAGCCCGACUUAACAGCCCCUAAUAAGUUGCUACGUCUAAGGUUCUCUCUUGAAGCAAUCGAGUAUGAUAGAAUACUCAAGGUGCUUCAAUUCAAGAGUAUGCACAACACGGUGCAUAUUGAUGAGAAAUGGUUUUAUAUAACCAAGUCAAAUCACAGGCCGUUGAUAGCCGAGGAUGGGACUGUACUCUUUGAUGGGAAAAUAGGUAUUUUCCCAUUUACAGAAUAUGUACCAGCCAAGAGGAGUAGCAAAAAUAGGGAGGCAGGUACACUUGAGCAAAAGCCCAUUCAAUCAAUCACGAAGGAAAUAAUUCCUGCUAUAAAGGCCAAGUGGCCACAAUUUGCAAGUAGGGUGAUAUUCAUUCAACAAGAUAACGCGAAGCCUCACAUUAAAGACAGUGAUCUGGACUUUAGACAGGCUGCCAGCUCAGAUGGCUUUGACAUCAAGAUUGUUCAUCAACCUCCCAAUUCACCGGAUACCAACAUCAAUGAUCUAGGUUGGUUUAGGGCUAUUCAAAGCCUACAAACUGAAUCAGUUUGUACCAAUGUAGAUACAUUAGUGGAGGCAGUGAAGAAGUCAUUUGAUGAACUAUCUCCUACAACACUCAACAAGGUUUUCUUAAGUCUACAAGGUUGUUUGACUGAAAUUCUGAAGGUAAAAGGACAGAACUGCUAUAAAAUCCCCCAUAUGGGCAAAGGAUCACUUAUUAGGCAGGGACAAUUACCAAACAAUUUACAAGUUCCCCAUGAUUUAGUUAAUGAGGCUAUUAACUAUCUCAUGGAGAAUGGCAUUGUAAGUGGAAUGGAUCAUCUAAGGAAUGCACUUGGAAUAAGUUCAAUUUCCUUAGAUGAAGUUGAAUACCAAAUGGGACAUUUGGGUAUUCAAGUUCCAUGA